AUGGCGAUGGACCAGUCGCUCAUCAAGCUUGUCAACAAGCUUCAGGAUGCCUUCAACAAUGUUGGCAUCCAGAACCCCAUCGACUUGCCCCAGAUCACGGUGCUCGGCUCCCAAUCCUCGGGCAAGUCGAGUGUACUCGAAAACAUUGUCGGUCGUGACUUCUUGCCCCGUGGUACCGGUAUCGUGACUCGCCGUCCUCUCGUUCUUCAGCUUAUCAACCGUCCUGCCACCUCGAAACCCGGCGAUGCAGCUCCAGCAGGCUCAGAGAAGGGCGCCAACAAUGCAGACGAGUGGGGAGAGUUCCUUCACCUUCCCGGCGAGAAGUUCUUCGACUUUGACAAGAUCCGUGACGAGAUCGUCCGCGACACCGAGCUCAAGACUGGCAAAAACGCCGGUAUCUCACCUCAGCCCAUCAACCUUCGCAUCUACUCGCCACACGUCCUCACACUCACCCUUGUCGACCUUCCCGGUCUUACAAAGGUGCCCGUCGGUGACCAGCCCAGAGAUAUUGAGCGUCAGAUCCGAGACAUGGUGCUCAAGUUCAUCUCCAAACCCAACGCCGUUAUCCUUGCCGUCACUGCUGCCAACACCGAUCUUGCCAACUCGGACGGUCUCAAGCUUGCCCGUGAAGUGGAUCCCGAGGGUACUCGUACCGUUGGUGUGCUCACCAAGGUUGACCUCAUGGACGCUGGUACCGACGUUGUCGACAUUCUUGCUGGUCGUGUCAUCCCUCUUCGUCUCGGCUACGUUCCCGUCGUCAACCGAGGUCAGCGUGACAUUGACCAAAAGAAGCUCGUCAGCGCCGCUCUCAGCGCCGAAAAGGAGUUCUUCGAGAACCACCCUAGCUACCGCAGCAAAGCCCAAUACUGCGGUACUCCCUUCCUUGCCCGCAAGCUCAACACCAUCCUCAUGCACCACAUUCGCAACACAUUGCCCGACAUCAAGAACAAGAUCGGCAGCCAGCUUGCCAAGUUCCAGGCUGAGCUUCAGGCAUUGGGCGGUCCUAUGGGCGAGACCAACAACGCAGGUGUCGUUCUCCAGAUCAUCACCGAGUUUGCCAACGAGUUCCGCACUGUCAUUGACGGUAACUCGAACGAUCUCACUGUCAACGAGCUCGCAGGCGGUGCUCGUAUCAGCUUCGUCUUCCACGAACUCUACAGCAAUGGUGUCAAGGCCAUCGACCCCUUCGACGUGGUCAAGGACACCGACAUUCGCACUAUCCUAUACAACUCGUCCGGUUCUUCUCCAGCUCUCUUCGUCGGCACCACCGCUUUCGAGGUCAUUGUCAAGCAGCAGAUCAAGCGUCUCGAAGAUCCUGCCCUCCGCUGCUGCUCUCUUGUCUACGACGAGUUGGUGCGCAUUCUUGCACAGCUCCUCGCCAAGAACUCCAACUUCCGACGAUUCCCUGCGCUUCGUGAGCGUUUCAACUCGGUCGUCAUCCAGUUCUUCAAAAAGUGCAUGGCUCCUACUACCAAGCUUGUCUCGGACUUUGUCGCUGCAGAGGCCGUCUACCUCAACACGGGUCACCCAGACUUCAUCAGUGGUCAUCGUGCUAUGGAGAUUGUCAACGAGCGUCUCAACCCACCCCAGCCUGCACAUGACCCGAAGAAGCCCAAUCCGCAAGGGAUCAACAACGACAAGGACCUCGAUGUCUCGCUCAAGAAUGAAUCUGGCUUCUUUGGCUCUUUCUUCCAGAAGGGUCAGCAGACCAACCCAGCAGUCAAAGCAAAGAAGGCACUCAUGGAAGCUCCACCGCCGUCGCUCAAGGCUUCCGGUCAAUUCAGUCAACGUGAACAGCUCGAGACCGAAGUCGUCAAACUCCUCAUCCAGAGCUACUUUAACGUCGUCAAGGUCGAGACCAUCUCAAUGGUUCCUAAGUGUAUCAUGCUCAACUUGGUCACACAGUCCAAGGAUCAGAUGCAGAAGGAGUUGCUUCAGGAGAUCUACAGGCCCGAUGUACUUGAGGAGUUGAUGAAGGAAUCGGACCACGUUGUGGCUAGGAGGAAGGAAUGUGUCAAGAUGAUCUCGGCUUUGGAGACAGCGUCCGAGAUUAUUGCCACUGUUUAG